UGAAUAAAUUAAAUUGAAACAGAAUGUGAAUUAUGUGAUAUGAAAGAAUUUAAAAAUUUAAAUUCGAAUUUGGUUUAGAAUGUUUGUGAUCUGUUCUAUAUAGAAUUACAAUUACAAAAUUGUACAUUGUCCAUGCAUGUGAUCAAUAAAAAUUUUCAUUCACCUAAUUUCAUUUUUGUAACUUUUUUUUCACUGUCACAUUCUCAUUGCCUGAACCGGUUGUUUCAAAUUUCCGCAUUAUUACACUCAACAUUGUCCAUAAAUUUCCGUCCAUAUUCUUGUUACAAGAAUUCAUCUGGUUGAUUCUUUUUUUUCAAUUGUGAAAUUGGCCUGUAAUUAUUUUUUGUUUUCAAAUUUCAUUUCAUUGGUGAAAUAUCUCUACAAUUUUGUAAAAAAAAAUCAUUCGAAUAUUUUUUUAGGCCACAAAUCCCAAAUUUCAAAUACCAAGUGGUUGUGUGUUUUGGUCACAUUUUAUUAAAAUUCUUUUCUGAUUUCUGAACAAUCAAACAAACAAACAAACAAAUGACUUCAGAAACCGUCAAAGUUAUAACAAGAUGUCGUCCAUUAAAUCAACGUGAAAAAGAAUUAAAAUGUCAGGUGAUUGUCAACAUCGAUUCAUCGUGUGGCCAAUGUUCAUUGAUCAAUCCGGAUGAUCGAUCGGCACCACCAAAAACAUUUACAUUCGAUGGAGCCUAUUACACUGAUUCUACUACUGAACAAAUCUAUAAUGAAAUUGUCUUUCCUAUUGUUGAGAGCGUCACUGAGGGUUACAAUGGAACAGUAUUUGCAUAUGGCCAAACUGGCUGUGGUAAAUCAUUUACAAUGCAGGGCACUUCCGAUUCUGCUCACCGUGGGAUUAUACCAAGAUCAUUCGAACAUAUAUUUGAGGCAAUAUCAACGGCUGAAAAUUCUAAAUUUCUGGUACAAGCUUCCUAUUUAGAGAUCUAUAAUGAAGAAAUUAGAGAUUUAUUGGGAACGGAUAUCAAAAAGAAAUUGGAACUAAAAGAACAUCCGGAAACAGGCGUAUAUGUUGGUAAUCUUUCUAUGCAUAUAGUGAAUGAUGUACGUGCAUGUGAAAUGAUUAUGGAAACUGGUUGGAAAAAUCGUUCAGUUGGUGCUACAUUAAUGAAUGCCGAUUCUAGCCGUAGUCAUUCAAUAUUUACAAUUUACAUUGAACGAAUGCAAACCAUUGAUCUUGAAUCUAGUGAUGUUAAAUUUGGUAAAUUAAAUCUAGUCGAUUUAGCUGGUAGUGAAAGACAAUCAAAAACCGGUGCAGCUGGUGAUCGGUUGAAAGAAGCAACAAAAAUCAAUCUAUCAUUAUCAGCAUUGGGCAAUGUAAUAUCGGCAUUAGUCGAUGGCAAAGCUAAACAUAUACCGUUUAGAGAUUCAAAAUUAACACGAUUACUACAAGAUAGUCUUGGUGGUAAUACUAAAACAUUGAUGGUUGCAUGUAUAUCACCAGCGGAUAAUAAUUAUGACGAAACAUUAAGCACAUUGCGUUAUGCAAAUCGUGCAAAAAAUAUUCAAAAUAAACCACGAAUAAAUGAAGAUCCAAAAGAUGCCAAAUUACGUGAAUAUCAGGAAGAGAUAUUAUGGUUGAAAAAAAUGCUUGAACAACAAACAUCAUCAUUAUCAUCAUCAUCAUCACCUGCCGGAUUGUCAGAUAAUAACAGUCAACAGUUGCAAACACAGCCACAGAAUGAUAUUGUUAUCGAAGAAAUUCGUCAAGCAUAUGAUAAUAAAAUGAAAGAUCUGCUAAAUAAAUAUGAAGAAGAAGUGAAGAAUAAAGAAAAACUUAAACAAGAUAUCGAUAAAUUAAAAUCUCGAUAUGAACAUGAUAAAUCAACAACCAAUAAUAAUACGGAUGAAUUGAAUGAACAAAAAGAAUCUGUAUUACGUGCAAUGAAAAAAUUACAAGCAAUUGAAAAUCAAAUGGUUGGUGGUGAAAAAGCUAACGAUGCUGAAUUGAAAGAGAAACGUGCACGAAAGAAAAAAAUUGCCGAAGCAAAAAUGAAUGCCAUAUCUGAAGCAUUAGCUCAACUUAAUGAUGACGAUAAAGUGUUGCUCAAAGCUUAUGGUGAUAUCACUGAAGAAUUGCGAGCAAAAUCAAUGUUGAUGAAAAAAGCUAAACGUCGUAUACAACAAUUGGAACAAGAAGUAGAAGAUUUACAAUCCGAAUUUGAAUCUGAACGUACAGAUUAUCUGGAAACGAUUCGUAGAUUGCAGGAACAGAUGAAAUUAUUAACGCAGAUAUUGGACAAAGUUCAGCCAUUGCUGAAAAGUGAAUGUAAUUAUUCAAAUUUAAUGAAAAUCAAAGAGGAUGCCAUAUGGGAUGAGAAUAUCCAACAAUGGAUUCUACCGAAUGUAUCAUUUGGUCGUAUACGUUUACCACCAGCAUCACAGCAGCAACAACAGUCAAUGCAACCACCAACGAUAACAACACCUACAAGUAAACAAUCAAGUCCGGAUAAUCGUCGAGAAAUAACUCCAUCACGGUUAUAUCGACCUGAUUCACCUAAUCUGAUAUUCGAUUCCGAUAUAGUCGAUGGCCAUUCCAAUAGUACGGACAUGAAUGGUGGAUAUAAUAAUGAAGAUAAAUUGUUACGAAAAUUAGAAAAUUCACAAAGCGAUGAUAUCGUUACGAAUUAUCUAAUGCCGAAACGACGACAACAAUUGUUAAAUACAUUGCACAAAUUAAAAUUAAGUGUACCCGAAUUGGACGAUCAACAACAAGAUAAUGAGCUAAUAAUAACAACGAUGAACAACAAUAAUAUGAAUCCACAUUUAAUUAUCAAUAGUGGUAAUAAUAAUGAAUUAACGAACGUUUCCAAACAAGAAUGACAAUGUUAUCAAACAAUAAUAAUGAUAAUAUACAUCAAUUGAAUCCGAAUUCAAAUCAUGGAAUCA